GCGAGCGGGGCGCUGUCCGCCUGGAAUUAUGAGAUCAUCGCCUCGCCCCACCCAGGACUCCCUGCUUUAUAUGUCGCCGUACAGCUUUUUCAGCAAUUGCCAGCAUAAUCGACGAACGGGUACAGAGAGAUCGAAUUUAAUCAGCGAUGGCUAAUCGAGGUCCAAGCUACGGCCUGAGCCGUGAGGUGCAGGAAAAGAUCGAACAGAAGUACGACCCUGAUCUGGAGGCGCGUUUGGUGGACUGGAUCGUCGCGCAGUGUGGUGGUAAUGUGGAACGGCCACUGCCUGGAAAGAACAACUUCCAAACCUGGCUAAUGGACGGGACUCUGCUAUGCCGGCUUAUUAACAGCCUCUACCCUAGAGGUAAGGAGCCCAUUAAGAAAAUCCCUGAGACUCAGAUGGCUUUUAGACAAAUGGAGAAAAUCUCCCAGUUCCUGAAGGCAGCUGAGGCCUACGGCGUCAUCACCACAGAUAUAUUUCAGACGGUGGACUUAUGGGAAGGGAAGGACAUGGCUGCUGUGCAAAGGACACUGAUGGCUCUCGGAAGUGUAGCUGUCACCAAGGAUGAUGGGCAUUACCGUGGUGAUCGUGAAUGGUUUCACAAGAAAGCUCAGGGACACAGACGAGAGUUUUCAUUGGAACAGCUCCGUCGGGGCCAGAGUCUCAUUGGGCUUCAGAUGGGCAGCAACCAGGGAGCAUCUCAGUCGGGCAUGACAGGGUAUGGCAUGCCCCGCCAGAUCAUGUGAUGUUAGUGGGUCCUUCUUAGCACUGGUGCCCUUGCACACAAGAUGUGCUUCUUAAGUUGCAGGCCAUUUAUACCCUCUUUCCCCAGCCUUGCAUGCCCAUCCCACUGCAACCACCCCGUUUUGCUCUUUUCAGCUCUGUACUUUCCUGGCCCACCCCAUCUUGUCAAACCACAGUAUCUCUUCUUGAGAAUUCUGAACACACAUUGGUAAUAUUCACAUUCAUUCCUGUGCCCUUUGAAAUCUCUACAUUGGACUUAUUACGUGUGCUUUCUUUUUGUAGUGUCACUUAUCCCGUAUGAUACCGAGAGCCUUCAUCCAUACAUCUGGCUCAUUUGACAAUUUUGUAGUGUUUGUUACAGGUUUAAAUUUAUCAGAGUAAAUGUAUAAUAUACCACAAAUAAAACAAUGUGUUUUGUUUUAUUUAAAGUAGUGCAUUGUAUGUAGUUACUUUAGUAUUAUUAUAAAUAAGAGCAGUAUUUCCUACUCUAAUCAUGAAAUGAGUUUUCCUAUUUAUUUGCUUUAUGAUUUAUAUGAUGAAAUUUUACUUCUGGGUUUCCUUUUGGAGGCUGAGUAGCACUUAUAAGGUUCUUUCGUCCAUUCAAAAUUAAUAUUUGAAUAUGUGAAAAAUCGGUGUUCUCAAUGUCUGUUGUGCAUGUUUAAAGAACUAUUAAAACACUACAGUAAAUAUAUAUGCACAUACUGUAUGACUUAUAUGAAAAAAACUACCAAUAAACUAUGAAAUUCCA